AUGGCUCAAUCGGGCGGCGGUGGCGGUAACAAUAACAGCAGCAAUGGUGGUGGCAGUGGCGGUAACAAUGGCAAUAACAACAAUAACGGCGGCAGUGGCGGUAACAAUAACAAUAAUGGUGGUGGAAACAAGAAGGCAGAGGAGUUGCAGCCAUACCCAGUAAAAGAGCAGCUGCCUGGUGUUCAGUAUUGUGUUAACAGUCCUCCUCCAUGGCCUGAAGCUGUGAUGUUGGGUUUCCAGCAUUACCUUUUGACUCUUGGUAUUACAAUCUUCAUUCCAAGUCUGCUUGUUCCUCAAAUGGGUGGAGGCGAUAUUGAGAAGGCUAGGGUGGUGCAAACCAUGCUCUUUGUUUCAGGGUUGAACACAUUCAUGCAAUCUCUGUUCGGAACCCGGCUUCCCUCAGUGGUGGUGGGUUCAUAUACAUAUGUAAUCCCCACAACUUCAAUAAUCCUAGCCAGUAGAUAUAAGGCAACCACAGAUCCUCAUGAGAAAUUUUCGGAGACUAUGCGAGGUAUACAAGGCGCUCUAAUCAUCACUGCCAGUUUUCAGAUGAUUAUGGGUUUCCUAGGCUUGUGGAGAAUUGCUGUCAGGUUUCUUAGCCCUCUUUCUGUUGUCCCAUUCAUAACUUUUGCUGGACUUGGGCUUUCUCAGCUUGGUUUCCCUUUGUUGGCCAGAUGUGUUGAACUUGGGCUUCCAGAGUUGAUCAUCGUGGUUUUCGUCUCACAGUAUCUUUCUCGUUUUAUACAUACAAAGAGGCAAAUCUGUGGCAGAUUUUCAGUGUUGUUCUCUGUUGCAAUUGUAUGGUUGUUCGCACAAAUUCUAACCUCAAGUGGUGUGUAUAACAACACACCAGAAAACACUCAGAUCAGUUGCCGCACCGAUCGUUCUGGCCUUAUUAGUGCAGCUCCCUGGAUAUAUAUUCCAUAUCCUUUUCAAUGGGGGAGCCCUACUUUUAAUGCAGGAGAAGCUUUUGCAAUGAUUGCUGCUUCUUUUGUUUCUCUCUUCGAGUCCUCUGGUACAUUUUAUGCUACAGCAAGAUAUGGGAGUGCCACACCCGUACCACCUUCUGUCAUUAGCCGCGGCGUUGGCUGGCUGGGUGUAGGAGUGUUACUAAAUGGGAUGUUUGGUUCUCCAACUGGCACUACUGCGUCAGUGGAAAAUGCUGGCCUAUUGGCAUUGACAAGAGUUGGAAGUCGUAGAGUUAUCCAAAUAUCAGCCUUUUUCAUGAUUUUCUUCUCUGUAUUUGGAAAAAUCGGAGCACUUUUCGCUUCAAUUCCUGUACCAAUCAUAGCAGCUCUUUACUGUGUCUUAUUUGGCUAUGUUGCUUCUGCAGGCCUUGGUUUUCUCCAAUUUUGUAACCUGAACAGUUUCAGAACAAAAUUUAUAUUGGGAUUCUCUUUCUUCAUGGGAGUUUCAGUACCACAAUACUUCAGAGAAUAUAGGUCUGGCCAUGAUCACGGUGGUCCAAGAUGGUUCGAGGACAUAGUAAAUGUCAUCUUCAUGUCACACACAACAGUAGCUGCUUUGGUUGCUGUAAUAUUGGAUAACUCUCUGUCUCGUGAAAACGAUGCAACGAGAAAAGACAGCGGUUUAAACUGGUGGGAGAAGUUCAGCUUAUACCCUUCUGAUGUUAGAAAUGAUGAAUUCUACGCACUGCCGUGCAGAUUGGACAAGUUUUUCCCAGCCCUUUGA